GUUGCUAUAACAACGCUUUGAGCCGCAACUGCCUACGCCGCUCUUUGGGCUGUACCAUUUCAAAAUCAUUAAGGGGCGCCAACUCAACUAUAAAAUAAAGCAAACGACUUUGACGUGUUAUUUCAUAUAGGUUUAUGAUGGAAACUAUAUAUUAUUAAGCUAUGAACGUGAGCUUUUAAAACUGAAAUCUACAAAAGUGCUUACAGAAUGGUACAGUCCACGAGGUUUCCUUAGUAACCAGGGACGCCAGAUGGGAAGGUGGAACUCCCGGCAUAUGGAAGAAAAUAAUGGAUUCAAUCAAUCGUCUGAAUUCCCCUAUGGCUUUGUAUGUGGAGGACUUAACAGAGCAACCCCUGGAGCUAGAGAGAAGGAAAAAAACAGCACAAAAAUCUGUUCAAGAAUCCCCAGCUUCGUUCCUUGUUGGCUCUAUGGAAUCAGUAAGUCAAAAGAUUGCACACCUUGAGCAGCAGCUAAACAAUUUUUGCAGUGAUGAUCUGGCGAUUGAAUCUCCAGAGAUGCAGAGGACAAAAUCCAUUGAAGAACAUUUAACAAAAUGCUAUAAUCCUAAGAAAAAAAAGACACAAUGUGAGAAAAAGAGUAAAGAAUAUGAAAAGAAUGAAUUGCAGAAAUUCACACACAGAUACCAGCUGUCAAUGAUCAAAACAGACUUUGCAAAAUAUCCAAAAUCAGUAGAAAUGAGCAAAAAAGAAAUAAAACUAAAACCCAAACUAGCUGAAUUAUACCAGUUCCCGGGAUUUUCCAAUCAUGGCCCUUUACCACUCCCACAUGAGGUAUCAAUGAGUACCAUUAUUGAAAAAGUGGUGUCGGCCCAUAAGAAUACUGGGGCAAAGAUUUGCCCCACUAGGGAAUUGUACAGAACUUUAAGCACUCCUGUUGCCCAGAAGAUCCUCCUAGACUGCUUUUGGUGGAUCUUUCUACAAAGUUAUAAACCAGAUGCAGAAUCCCAGAGUAAGCUGUUUGACCGAGUGGCAGAGAAUUACAUACAUUUGCUUACCUUGAGUCAAGGUUCAUAUCAUGGGGAUGCUUUCCUUAAUGUAUUCCCUUCUGUGCUGAGUCAGGCUAUAUACAGCAGUUUUUGCUUUUCUUUUCCACAGUCCUUGCACCAAUUCCAAUCAGAUGAUUUCAAGGAUCAUCUCUGUAGUCUGCUGUGGCAAUGGUUUGGAGGAAUCUGUCCUGUAUCUGGAGUCUAUAACACUUGGGACCGUUCAACUUUGGAACCAAAAGAUGACACAUCAAAUGGCAAAGUUCAGGAAAAGAAAGAUUCGGACUCCUUUUGGUUUGGGUUAUCAAAUGCAGAAGAACACAAUAAAUUUUCUACCACUUUAGGUUUCAGACCUAGAAAGUAUUCUGUAUUUAAACCAUCUCGAAAGAAUUCCUCAGCUGCCGUUCAACCUUCCUUACACAAGAAAGAGGUAGCUGUCUCUCUUCCCAUUAAACAUUCACAGAGUUUAGCAGGAUCUGAAGCAAGAGAUGUAGCAAAACUGAAGCCAACUGAAGAGUCCCGUUCAGUUUGCCAAAAAUCUAAUUUCAUACACAUGGUUUUCAACCUGAGUGGACACAGUCCCCUUGUCCAAUAUUACCUGGAAAAGCAAAAAGCUGAUUCACAAUCAGGAAUGAAUGUUCUAGUGCACAGGACAGAGAUUCAGAAGUAGAUACCGACAUCUUCUAACAUACAAUGAAGUCAUAAAACAAGGAAACCAACAGCAGUACAUAAAAUAAUAUAAACCCUUUGAUUCCAGUAGAAAUUAUACAAGAUAUUGAUAUUAGACCUUGAACAACAACUGUUUAUUAAAAAUAAUUCUGCUUGCAAUAUGAUCCUGUUAUUGAUAAUUUUAAAGGGAUAUUUUUAAAGGGAAUGUAUUACCUAAUUAUUUUUCUAAUUAAAACUAGAAACUGAUAAAUAUACUUUUUUCUGAUAU